CAAACGGUCACAGAGAGCAGACACUGACUGACGUCUGAAAGUGUCCUGAUUUAUCAUGGAUUGGAAGAGCAGCCUGAGACGCACCCAGUCGCUGAAGAACGUCUCCUCGUCAUGUGACAAACCCACCUGGACAGAGGCGGGACUGCGGGACAGGAAAACAUCUGUGUCCCAGCUCGUUUCUCGGUAUCAAACUAGAAAGGAAGUCAGUGCAUCAACUCAAGCUCCUCCAGUGAAUAACAGUGAAGUUAAACUGAAGCAAGUGUUAAAAGAGAUAACACCAUCUCUCGAGGAGAGUAAAGAGAUUCAUCUGGCAUCUCUGACAAAGAGAAACUACGAGGGGGAACAGUCCCAAGCCAAACCCGGUCUGACACGCAGCAGGUCGAUGGGGAGCCUUCAGAACGGAGCCGGCUCCAUAGAGGCCCUGAAGGCUCGGUUUGAGUCAAAGGCUGCAACACAGACCGGAGUGAGGAGCAGGUUCAGAGCUGCAGAGCUCACGUCACCUUCCAAGGCAGCAGGUAGCACACCGCUGAUGAAUGGAAAGACUGAGGAGGUGAAGAGGUCUGCGGAGAAACAGAAGACAAGAAAUCCACCAGUUAAUGGCACUGAUGCAAAGGAGAAUCAUGUGACUCGAAAGGUUGUGAAUGAGAGCCGGGCGGAGAGGAGAAAAACAAUCGGGGGGAUUGAUUUUGAAAAAAUUGCAGCCUUUCAAGCUGAUGAAAAGAGGAGGUCGGUUGCAGACUUCAGAGACAGCUCCUUCUUCCAAUCCAAGGAGAAACUGUCAGUCAAAGUGUUGUCUGCCCUCUAUCUGUCAAAGGUGGCACCACAGGAGCCAAAACUGGCACAAGAUCAGUCACCUGAAUCUGGGAAAAGAGGGAAGAUAGCCAAGAUGGCCGAAGACCCCAAACAGAGAAAAGAUGAACCUCCUCCACUUCCUCUACCCAGACAUCAGUCGGGACCAGCAGACAUUUCUGAUGAAAGCUCCCAAAAAGCAAUGCCAGUUCAAAUUUCCAAAGAAAAGUUACACCAGCAGCGGCAGAAAAGUGAGCUGAAAAGACUCCUGAAGCACACCCACCCAGAGCUAAAGAUGCUGGAUGAAGCUGUAGAUGAUGAGCUUGCUGAGGUUUUGACCUCAGAGUCUGGGGUGGCAGCUGGUGAAACUGGAUAUGAAGGAGAGGUCUUCUCAAGAUGCUUGAUAUUUGAGAACUGUGCCUUGAGUAACAAAGUAUCUCCUCACACCUCCCCGACGCACAUGGCAGACGGAAAAGUGGGUGACGGUUUUGUCGGCAAAACAUCAGCUGUGUUUGAGGAGCAUGAAGAGAGGCCAUGUCAUGAAAGUGUUAAAGGGAUUGUGCAGGAUUACAAAACAUUGGGUUCUAGUCCAGAUCCUGACAGAGAGUGUGAGGAGGAGAUGAUAAGAAUAGAUGUGCAGGCUUCCAGGAGGUUAUUUGAGAGUCAGUCUGUGAAAACAUCUUGGCCAAAUCCAGAUAAUAGGUUCCGAGGAAAAACCUCUAUUUUUGGGGAAGAGAGAGGGCCAGUCCAAAAACACAAGUUUGAAAUGACUUGCAAAGAGAAUGUACACAGUGAAAACAAAAGCCUUGAUUUGAUGGAUCAGCCACAUACACAAGGGCCAUGUGUUCAAAGCACUGGCCUUAGGUUUUCUGGUGGUAAAGAAGUUUAUACUGAUGAAGCAGCCUUUGACAAUGACCCUACGAGUCCUACAGUUCAAGGGGAAUUUGAAGAAAUUAUCAAAACGGGUGCAGCUCUUUUCAAAAACAACCCAUUUAUCUCCACAAACAUAGAAAGAGAAAAUUCUUGUGCGCAUUCAUCAAAAUCCCAAAUCCCAGCAAGUCCCAGUGAAGCAUCUGGGAACCCCCUCAUAACUAAUGUCAAGAACAGAGCCCAUCUGUUUGAAUCAAUGCCAUUUGACAAAAUUAGGCAUCAGAACAAGGACGAAAUUGAGACGAUGGUGGAGAACAUCAAGGAAACUCUAAAUUCCCUUUAUUGCGUUAAUGCCCUACAUUCAGAUGGAUCAAUCAUUGAGGUGAAUGAGACAAUGAUAGCAAAAAAGGCUAAAUUCAUACUAUCAGAGAGUGGGCCUGAGAUAAAAUAUAAUGAAUUGGCUGAAGGUGGUGCACAAAACUUCAUUGUCCAGCUGCUACCACGAGCAAACCUAAAGCCUCACAUCACUUACCUAAAGGAGGAUAGAAAAGGAGGGAUGGAGGCCACAGUGGUGAAUGUACCUGUGCACCAGCAUCAGUUCACUACCAGCCAAGACACAGAGUUUAAAACCGCCAAUGUAGUUCAGCUCAUUGAGGAUAUUCUCAAUCAGGACAACUCUCUGAGGAAAGGAGUGAUCAUGCAGGAGGAUGCCAAUAAAUGUGCUGACAUCCUUGUUUAUUCCCUCUACCAUUAUGUUGAUGAGGAAGAUGUGAAAAGUUACAGAACUCCACCAAGACGUGCUGCAGAGUUUGAUGAACCCGAAACCAAGGAGAUUUACAUUAGUAAAACAGAAAAUCAAGGACUAAGAAAAGGCAUCAUUGAAUCGACUAUAAGCUCACUUUUAGAAACUUCUCAAGACCAAACCUGCACCGGAUCAAUCAGGCCUGAGGUCACGGUAAAAGGGAACGUGAAACUGUUCAAGAGUUGCAUUGAAAAGGGAGAUCUGGAGUAUUUGAAAACUCUUCAGGUUGAGCCAAUAGAGCAGGAACAAGAAAUCGAUCCGAACCAGACUGCGGCAGAACAAAAUGCACAGCUUCAUUAUGAACAGGGAGGUGAUCAUCCAGAAGAGAGUUCUUUAGAUUGGGUCCCAGUGGAUGUGAAGAGACUGAAAAGCAUGUUCUCAGGAGAUCGGCAAAGCCAAGCAAAGCAAAAUAUCUAUGAAAAUCUUGCUCCAUCCACCACCAUUUCUCAUACAUUUACAGGUCAAAAUGUGCCACUUGGGAAGAGCCAAUCCUGUAAAGAAUCCAACAUUGGGGUACUUAUGCCCGUUAUGCACAGAGAAGAUAAUGUUCUGGACUCUGGUGGCCAAGCACAAGAAGAAGUUUGUAAAUUCCCAACUGCACCUCAGGGGACUUAUCAACAUCUUGUGACACAGGAUGAUGACAGGGUCCACCAAGCUCAGAUAGUGAAGGUGGUAGACGAAAGUGACGAAAUCUCGAACCUGCAAACUGCAAUCCAUAGCCUUCAGCAGGCCACGAUUGAAGCCAAAUGUUUGUAUCACUCAUCACAAAACAAACGGAAAUGUGUUGUUCAAGAGUCGUCCGGGCAACCUAUCAUCUCAGUUAUGGCAGGUGACGUCAAAGAAUUAUGUCAAGAAAAUAAGGACCAAAAAGUGGACUCAGAACCAAGGUUGGAAGAAGUUACAUCAGCCUCCAACUUCACUUCAGACAAAAAUACAGAGACGUGCAAUAAAGGCACCAAUGCUGAAGAAGUGCAAACGACUGAAACCUGCAGCAAACAGGGUCAAAAGUGCACCAAUGUGGUCCAGAAACACUUUGAAACCAUUGCUGAUUGUUCAGACACACAACAUGAACAACAGGAGGAAGAUGAAGUCGUUUUUCAUGGAAAACUUCAACAAGCUUUGGCUUCCUUGGAGAGAUCCAACAUUAAUGUCACAAGAGGAGAUUUCAAAGCAGCUAUGAUAUAUCAAGACUCCUCUAGACCUCACAAAGCCAAAUCCCAAAAUAUAGACAAGGCAUCUGUUCAGAAGCCCAUCACUGAGGACCCUUGCCCUUUGACUGAAUCCACCUCAAUUUAUGUUCACUUGAGACAAGAGGACUCCGAGGAACAGGUGACUGUGGUGAACGCAAAGCUGCAAAAACAAAAUAGACCAACAACAACUGCUGUCUCAGAGAAGAGCAAAAGACUUGUUGGUGGGAAACCAGCCAUCCCACCAAAACCAGAGCAUCUGAAAGUUAAACAAAUAGAUGAUCGAUCAAGUAAUCCUAAAAAUCUGGAGGCAACAAAAACAAAUGCUACAAGACCUGAAAUAAAGGAGCAAUCCAAAGAAGAAACUGUAGUUCAACCACUGAAGACAUCAGCUUCAUGUCGCGAUGGACAUACGAAACACCAGUCCAAAAUGAAUAGUGGUGCAGACACAGGGUCAUAUUCAGGAAAUUAUAAAGGUGAAACUAUUCAGAUGUCUCAGAAAACGAGCCAGUUCCAAGGCUCAUUUGAGAGCACCAAUAAAAAUACUUCUGACAAACCAGAAGAGAUGAAUUCCACACUAGAAAUAAACCCCCUCCAGGAACAAAACCCUGUUAAAGAGAAUAUGAAUGAAAGUGAUCAAAGUCCUGUAAAUUUUAAUGAAGCAUGCCAGAAAUUUGGAGGUAAAAAGUCAGGUUUAGUGAGGAAUGCCCCUGUAAAGCCCAAAAGACUAAAAAUUGCCCAGAGUGACAACAACGAUCCAAAUCUUGCAGAUCUUGUGCAUCUGGAUCCAAAACCACAACAAACUAUAACCAAUCCAUCUGACACUGGCACAAGCACCAGUUUACAAACUGCUGAAAAGCACGGGAAAGAAAAGAAACAACAAAAUAAAGUUGAGAUGAGGGAUAAGAGAGGACGAACCGAGACAGAAGACGAGCGCCGACAGCGGUUGUCGGUUCACAUGGAUGAGAUCGUGAGAGGGAACAUAGCAGCGGCCAUGGACAUCUUUGACAAUUUACGAAAGCAGGAGGAGCUGCGGAGCAUUCUCAGUCGAGUGGAAGAUAUCGAACAGGACACGAGUGAAGUUGAUGUGAGAUCUCUGAGGGGAGUGUUUGAGGAUGUCCCAGACUGGGUUGUCAGUUCUGACAAAAAGAAACACAAAAAGGUCAAGGUGGAACACAAAGCUGAGAAGUCACCAUUGAAGGACCACCCUCAAAGCAAACCCUCAAUGGCUCAUAUUUUUGGAGAUCUUGAGAAAGCCAGCGAGGAAAUCAUGAAUCUAAAAGAGCAGACCUUAGCCAGACUUUUGGACAUAGAGGAAGCCAUAAAGAAGGUUCUUUAUUCUGUUUCUACGUUGAAAUCAGACUCAGAUAUUGCUGAUUUAUCAUGUCUGUUCAAAGAAUCCAUGGGGACAUUGCCAGGAUCCCCAUCCACUGGAAGUAUUAGCAAAAUUAGCAUCGGGUCAAGCAGAACAAAAUUACCGCCGGCACAGGAAAGCGCUACCACAAAGGGAAGCACAAUUGGGCAAGGUGCAAGCAGUGCAGUAGUAUCUGCAAAACAACGAGCAAGUCCGCCAUCUUCACCUGCCUUCAUCUCCAUACAGUCAGCUACUAGAAAAACUAAUAAAACAGAUGUGGUUCCACCCGAGACCACAAUCUGCCCAACGUGUCAGCAGAGCCCAAAGUCAGAAGAGAAGUUCUGCACAACAAAGACCCUGACGUGCAACAGUCCAGCUCAAAACAGAAAGAGAGACCCCAGGAAGGGAGGUCAAAAACCACCACCUCACAGCCCACUUAACCCAAAACGAGAGCUCAGUGUACUUGAGGUGCAGACUGACCACGAGGGGAAAAGUAUUAUAGGAACCAAAACUGUCACAGAGAACUACGAGCAGACGGAUAACUUUGGAAACCGGAUUUACUCAUCCAAAACUUCCACUGUGGUCACUACGCAGCCAGAAACUAUGACAUCAUUCACAGGUCCGGCAGUGGUCAGUCCGACGACAUGUCAGGUCACAACAUAUCCAGAAGUUCGGCUGCCAAUCAAUCCCAAGCUUUAGAUCAUUUAGAGACAGGAUGCAGGUCAGAUUCUUUAUGACAAACUUGUCAUGUAUAUAAUUUGAUUAGCUAAGAUAUUAAUUGUUGGUUAUGAUUUAAUAGUUUGUAUAUUUAUAAGGUUGCCAUUGUGUUCACAUGCUUUUAUUAAAUGUUGUUUUAUUAUUCUUAUUACUCAUUUUGACAUAUUUAAAAUUAAACACACAUUUUGGGUUUUAAUUUAGGUCUUUGGGUUUGUUGAUAUUAAUUACAGUUAUUAUUAUUUAUUAUUUAAUCACAGUUUCAACCAACUUGUCAAGAGAUGUGCUCUGCCUGUCUGAAGCCGGUUUACCCGAUGGAAAAAAUAAAUGCAGACAAAUGCA